AUGAAGCCGCCUAAUGCCCAUCAUCUAUCGGUAUUCCCAUACUCUCUCGAUGCUAAAAAUGGAGGCAAUCCUACCACCAUCUUCCUCGACGCCGACGAGAUGAGCUCAGAGCAGAUGCAAUCACUUGCCAAAGAGAGUGGCCACGAGUGUGGAUUCGUUCUAUCUGGGCCUACCGGUGAUCAACCCCGUGCAGACCUCACAAUGAGGUACUGGGUGCCAAACCACGAAAUGGAAAUGUGCGGCCAUGCCACAGUCGGUGCCAUCUGGGUCAUGGACCAGCUGGGGCUACUACCUCCGACCGAAGGAAUCUCCAUUUCGACCAUAUCUGGCAUUGUCGAGGCACGAGUAGAUCGUGGAGAGUUGGAAACUCGCGUUUUCGUCUCCCAGCCUAAAGGCUCUGUGGAAGACAUAAAUGACACACUUGUCCUCGAAAUUUUGUCAUGUUUGGGGAUCACUGAAGACGACCUCGCGCCAGGCUUCAAGGUCCAGAAUGCUCGUACCUCUCGAACGAAAACAUUGGUUCCUUUGAAAAGCCGAGAUGUCCUUGACAAAUUGAAGGUUGAGCCAACUCCAAUUCGUGACAUAUGUGAAAAGAUAAACUCCACGGGCCUCUAUCCUUAUGCUGUGAUUGCUGCAGAAGAUCAAAUCGUCGAAGCACGGCAAUUUCCCAAAUCGGCCGGUUAUCCUGAGGAUCCGGCGACUGGUAUCGCGGCAGCAGCUCUGUCUUUUGGGCUUCUAAAGAAUGGACUUCUCCCAAUUGAGCCUACCAAGCCUCUUGUUGUGAGACAGGGAUUGUGUAUGGGAAAGCCAUCUGAGAUUCAAGUUCAGUUCAGGCUGCAAGAGGGCAGUGAUGUCAAGGGCUGCUGGAUUUCUGGCAAGGUCAGACGGGUGAUUGACGGUCACAAAGACGCAGAAUAA